CUUGCAACUGGCCAUGCGCAGCCUUGCAACUUCAGCUUCUCGUCAUAUCCGACCUGUCGUUUUUAGAGCCCAGUGCCCCACCAACUUGAUCCCUCUACGAGCCAUGUCAGCCACCACACGGCGCGAAGACCCCUUCAAGCCCGCGGCAAGAGUCGCAGGCCAGAAGCAGGAUGUCUGGUCAAUUGUCAAUGAAGCGGCGGCGGCUUCCCCAGUCCAGCCCAUUGUCAAUAUGGGCCAGGGCUUCUUUGGCUACAAUCCUCCCAAAUUCGUCCUCGAUGCUGCAAAAUCCGCUCUCGAUCAGGUCGACUGCAACCAGUACUCGCCCACCAAAGGCCGACCGCGCUUAAAGAAGGCCAUUGCGGACGCAUACUCCCCGUUCUUUGGCCGUACACUUGAUCCUGACAAGGAAGUCACCAUCACGACCGGCGCAAAUGAGGGCAUGCUGUCAGCCUUCAUGGGCUUCCUGGAGCAAGGCGACGAAGUCAUUGUCUUUGAGCCCUUCUUCGACCAGUACAUCAGCAACAUUGAGAUGCCCGGUGGAAAGGUCGUGUACGUGCCUCUGCACCCACCAAAAGAUGGCGCAACCAAGACCACAUCCGCGUCAGAAUGGAGUCUAGACUUGAAGGAAUUGGAGGCAGCCAUUACACCAAAGACACGCAUGAUCGUCCUCAACUCCCCACACAACCCCAUCGGCAAGGUAUUCUCAAAAGAAGAGCUACAGGCUAUUGGCGACAUCUGCGUCAAGCACAACAUCAUCAUCCUUUCCGAUGAAGUCUACGACAGACUGUACUACGUCCCGUUCACACGUGUCGCAACUCUGUCGCCUGAGAUCGCCAAACUCACAUUGACAGUCGGAUCAGGAGGAAAGAACUUCUACGCGACGGGCUGGAGAGUAGGCUGGCUAAUCGGCCCUGAACAUCUCAUCAAGUAUGUCAGUGCAGCACAUACGCGCAUUUGCUACAGCAGUGUAUCGCCGCUCCAAGAGGCGACGGCCAUUGGCUUCGAGCAAGCCGACGCGCACGGCUUCUGGGACGAGUCCAAGAGGGAGAUGAAGGCCAAGAUGGACAAGUUCACCGCCAUCUUCAAGGAACUAGAUCUCCCGUACUCUGACCCUGAAGGUGGCUACUUUGUCCUGGUCAACAUGUCCAAAGUCAAACUACCGGAGGACUACGACUUUCCACCACAUGUAGCUGAGCGGCCUCGUGACUUCAAGCUCAGUUGGUUCCUGAUCAAGGAGGUUGGUGUUGCAGCAAUUCCUCCGACUGAGUUCUUCACACCAGGUAACGCACACAUUGUUGAGGACUGGCUGCGGUUCGCAGUCUGCAAGAACGACGAUGUGCUGGAGACUGCUAUGGAGCGCUUACGCGGAUUGAAGAAGUAUAUUCAAUAG